CGAGCGCCAGCGGCGGCAAGAGCGGCACCGCCGCGCCGCCCGGCUCGCGCAUGCCCUCGCUCUCCGUCGCCGAGCCCAACGCCGCGGCGCCGCGCAAGGCCAGCGGUGUCAGCGCCAGCAGCGGGCUGGCAUCGCAUGCGUCCGGCUCGUCGCAGCGCCGCACGUCUAGCACGCUCUCCAAGCCCGUCCUCGGCAGCGCGGCGACGGUCUCGCUGCUGCGCUCGUCUGGCGAGUCCUCCUACCCGUCCACUGCCGCGACGUCGCGGGCCACGGCGCGCUCUCUGGCGCCCUUUGCGCUGCGCUCGACGCGCGCCUCGGCGCUGACGAGUACGGCCAAUGCGCAUGCGCACGCAGCGAAGGACGCAGGCGAAGGAGACACGGACUCGCUCGGAGCGCUCAACAGCUCGCGCCCGUCGCCUUGGGGUGCUGUGCCGGGCUUCCCGCUGCCGCGCGACCUGCUUGCCGAUGAUGCGCGCUCCAUUCGCUCCACCUCGUCGCGCCCCCGCUCCGAGCUCGACUUUCCGUCUAUUUCGAUGCCAAACGUCGCAUCGACCUCUGCGCUCGGCGCCCGUGCCAGUCCUGCACCCUCAUCUGCCGAGGCGAUCCGCCGUCUGCGCGAGGGGGCUCCUGGCGGCGACCGCCGGUUCUGGCUGCCAGAUCACCACGCCGCCGCGUGCGGCGGAUGUGGCAUGCAGUUCAGCACCUGGCGCAGACGACACCACUGCCGCACGUGCUAUCUCGUCUUCUGCGCCAGCUGUGCAAGCACGAUGCUCCCUACGCGCGGCGCCAAUGGGCUACCAGGCCCUCCGGCACGUACUUGCGACGGCUGCGUGAAGCUGCUGCGCGACACGGGCCCCAGCAGCAUGUCGAGGCACAGACGCGCGCGACUGGACAGCACGGCGAGCUCGGGGCCGAGCGCCUUGGAGAAGACGGACAUCAGCGCGCCUCUUGAGGCUUCGACGCAUAGCCCGCAGGCCGAGUUCGGCGCCAAUGCUCUCUUUGCGCGCUCGCGCGGUCUGCCGAGCACGCUGAGCAUGGGCGGUAUGGCUGGCUUCGGGCAGGACUGGGACGACGAGCGGAUGAGCAGACCAGCUACGCCGGACAUGGCAGCGUUCCGCAUCGACCGGCGCAUCUCGGAGGAAGAGGGGGUGAUAGCUGCCGCGACCGCACCGUUCCGCCGAGGCUUAGGCGACGAAGACAAAGCGCCAGCCACCCCGGACGAGGAUCUCGAGCAGUUCAUGCAGCGAGCGCCCGGCGAGGCAGCUGUGGAGGCGGCUGCGCAGGCCGCCUCUACCAGUGCGCGGCAGCCUGUGUCUGGCGACGCCAAGGCAGAGGGCCCUGCAAUGUCCCGUACCGUGCCGCUCCUGGCCUUCCCGACCCGCUCGAGCGACAGUGCCGAGACUGCGGCAGGGGACGGAGGGGACAUAUCUCCCAACACGCGCAGCAGACUGACGAGCGAUGCUGCUGCCGGCCUGUCGAGCGACGCUCGCUCGCGCCUUGUCAGCGAUGCAGCGCUCCGAGCAUUCCGGCGCUCGCGGCUGCGGACGCGGACAACCCUGGACGAUGUGCACGGCGCUCGCGACGGCGAGGACGGCUCGGGCUCAUUGGGCGUGUCGCGUCGCGACAGCUACUUCGGUGUGCAGGGCGCAGGCGCAGGCCUCGAGGCAGUGCCGGCGCAUGGACUCGGGCCCGUGUCGCUCGCAUAUCUGCGCACGAUGCUCGCCCAGUGCCUGGUGCGAGCACGCAUUCCCGACACGCACAACUGGGCGCACAUUCUGCUGCCCCUCAUUCUGACCGUCUGCAGCAAAGUGCGGCCGCGUCCGCGCGCAGGCGAGGCCUGUGAUGUGCGCGCCUACCUCAAGCUCAAGCGCAUCCCUGGCGGCGAGCCGAGCGACAGCGUGUACGUGCCCGGUGUGGUGCUCUCGAAGCAUGUGGCCACAAAGCGCAUGGCUCGCAACCUGCCGCUCGUCCGUCCGCGCGUCAUGCUGCUGGCUUUCCCGCUCGACUUUGGCACACAGGGUCUGACAAGCCUGGACCGCGCGAUGCACGAGAAGGAGUACACCAGAGUCCUGAUCGCGCGCAUUGUCCAGCUGCGGCCGAAUCUGCUCGUGGUGCGCGACAACGUCUCGCGUUUGGCCAUCGACAUGCUGGAGGUGAGCAGAAGCGAGAUGAGGCUCAGCUCUGGCGUUGCUGAGACGCCCUUGGCCCACAGGAAGCAGGCGUGACAGUCGUCUGGAGCGUCAAGCAGAGUGCGCUCGAGGCGAUCGCGCGCUGCUGCAGCGCCGACAUCAUUCCUUUCAUCGAUCGUCUCG